AGUCUAUUGAAAUAUAUACUUAGUCGCUGCUAAACUGAGUUUUAUUCGAAAGGACAAAUCAAUGUUUGGAAAAGGGAAUAUUGAAUCCAGAAAACAAAACAUUUAUAUUAUACUUUUAUGUUUUCGUAAUACAAUAUUAGAUUUAAAUAAUAAUGUAAAAACAUUUAGUGUUGAAAAGAAAGAUAAUAAUUUUUAUUAUGAUAAAAAAACUUGAAUAACUGUGAUAAUGAUCAAGUUAAAAAUGUAAUUGUAAAGUGAUAUUGAUGAAUUAAAUAAUUAAAAAGUCAUAGUGAGAAACUCGAUGAAUAUGAGUGAUAAAUAAUCGUACAUUAAUGUGAAUUCACGAGUCGCCAUCAAAUAUCACAGAAAUUUUAAUACCCUAUUUUAAUUAAAUUUUGACUCUAAAUGCACUUUACACUCAAAAUCAUAAGAUAACAGUGGUUUAUAAGAACUUCUAUUACUGUUUCUCAAGAAAGUGAUCCCCGAUUAAAAAGAAACGACAGCUCUACGAGAGUUUAUUGGAUUUUAUGAGACUUUUAAAGCAGAAAUGCGUACCCAAUACUUUAAAGCCGAAAUGUAAAACUGAACUACACUGCAACUAUCUCCAAGACAAUAAAAUCGAAAAUCAUUAUCGGAAAAUUAAAAAAUUAUUUUAGAAAAAAAAGAAAUAAAUGCUGAUAAUGAAUAAAUAUUUACAAGAUAAAACUCGCUCGUUUAAUACAUUUUUUGAUGAAACUAGACUAGAUUGUAAUAUUUGUCGAAAAACAUUUAAUAAAGCGAGUAAUUUAAAGAAACUAAAUCUCAUACAAGUGUGACAUUUGUAAAAAAAACUUCACAAGAACAUAUUAUCUGAAAAUUCACAUAGGUAUUCCUACCGGUCAUAAUAAGCCUAAGUGGAAAAUUUGUAAAUAAAAGUUUGCCACGAAAUACAUUCUGAAAGAUCACAUGAACCUUCAUACUCGCGACAAUAUGCAUGAGUGUAAUAUUUGUAAGAAGAAAUUCACUAGAAAAGAUUCUCUGAAAAGUCACAUGGGUAUUCAUACCGGUGAAAAUGAGUGUGAGUGUGAAAUUUGUAAGAAGAAAUUCAAUAGAAAAUAUUAUCUGGAAAGUCACAUGGGUAUUCAUACUGGUGAAAAUAUGUUUGAGUGUAAAAUUUGUAAACGACAAUUUACCAGACACUAUUUCAAAAGUCAUAUGAAACUUCAUACUCGCGACAAUGUGCGUGAGUGUAAUAUUUGUAAGAAGAAAUUCACUAGAAAAAAUUGUCUGAAAAGUCACAUGAGUAUUCAUACCGGUGAAAAUAAGUAUGAGUGUGAAAUUUGCAAAAAAAAAGUUAGCAGAAAUUAUUUGAAAAGUCACAUGAACAUUCAUACUCGGGAAAAAUUGUAUGAGUGUAAUAUUUGUCUUAAGAAAUUUCAUCACGCGCGAUAUAUGAAGUUCCACAUGCGUAUUCAUACUGGCGAAAAAUUUUUCAAGUGUGACAUUUGUAAAAAGAAAUUCACUAGAAAAAAUUAUCUGAAAAGACACAUGAGUAUUCAUACCGGUGAAAAUAUGUAUGAGUGUGACAUUUGUAAAAAGAAAUUCACUAGAAAAAAUUAUCUGAAAAGUCACAUGAGUAUUCAUACCGGUGAAAAUAAGUAUGAGUGUGAAAUUUGCAAAAAAAAAGUUAGCAGAAAUUAUUUGAAAAGUCACAUGAACAUUCAUACUCGGGAAAAAUUGUAUGAGUGUAAUAUUUGUCUUAAGAAAUUUCAUCACGCGAGUUAUAUGAAGGUUCACAUGCGUAUUCAUACUAACAAAACCUUAUACAACUGUGACAUUUGUAAAAAGAAAUUCAUUAGCAAAGAUUAUUUGAAAAGUCACAUGAGUAUUCAUACCGGUGAAAAUAUGUAUGAGUGUGAAAUUUGUAAAAAGAAAUUCACUAGAAAAAAUUGUCUGAAAAGUCACAUGAGUAUUCAUACCGGUGAAAAUAAGUAUGAGUGUGAAAUUUGCAAAAAAAAAGUUAGCAGAAAUUAUUUGAAAAGUCACAUGAACAUUCAUACUCGGGAAAAAUUGUAUGAGUGUAAUAUUUGUCUUAAGAAAUUUCAUCACGCGCGAUAUAUGAAGGUUCACAUGCGUAUUCAUACUAACAAAACCUUAUACAACUGUGACAUUUGUAAAAAGAAAUUUAUUAGCAAAGAUUAUCUGAAAAGUCACAGGAGUAUUCAUACCGGCGAGAAUAUGUCUGAGUGUGGAAUUUGUAAAAAGAAAUUCACUAGAAAAUAUUGUCUGAAACGUCACAUGGGUAUUCAUACUGGUGAAAAUAUGUUUGAGUGUGAAAUUUGUAAACGACAAUUUCCCAGAUACUAUUUCAAAAGUCAUAUGAAACUUCAUACUCGGGAAAAAUUGUAUGAGUGUAAUAUUUGUCUUAAGAAAUUUCAUCACGCGAGUUAUAUGAAGGUUCACAUGCGUAUUCAUACUAACAAAACCUUAUACAACUGUGACAUUUGCAAAAAGAAAUUCAUUAGCAAAGAUUAUUUGAAAAGUCACAUGAGUAUUCAUACCGGUAAAAAUAUGUAUGAGUGUGAAAUUUGUAAAAAGAAAUUCACUAGAAAAAAUUGUCUGAAAAGUCACAUGAGUAUUCAUACCGGUGAAAAUAAGUAUGAGUGUGAAAUUUGCAAAAAAAAAGUCAGCAGAAAUUAUUUGAAAAGUCACAUGAACAUUCAUACUCAGGAAAAAUUGUAUGAGUGUAAUAUUUGUCUUAAGAAAUUUCAUUACGCGAGUUAUAUGAAGGUUCACAUGCGUAUUCAUACUAACAAAACCUUAUACAACUGUGACAUUUGUAAAAAGGAAUUCACUAGAAAAGAUUGUCUGAAAAGUCACAUGAGUAUUCAUACCGGUGAAAAUAGGUGUGAGUGUGAAAUUUGCAAAAAAAAAGUCAGCAGAAAUUAUUUGAAAAGACACAUGAACAUUCAUAAUGGCAGAACUUCAUACAAAUGUGACAUUAGUAAAAAUAAGAAAUUCAACGAAAAAAAAAAUUUACCACGGCGUAUGCUUACUCAUACUAUAAAAAAAUCAUACGAGUGUAAUGUUUGUCAAAUAAAAUUCAAUAAGACGACAAGUCUGACAAACCAUGUGUAUGAGCAUCAUUAUACCAUAAAAACGUUUGAGUGUAAGAUUUGUCAAGCAAGUUUCAAACUUCUGAUUGAACUCAAUUUUCACCUGUUUCUUCACAAAUACACAAAAUUGUACAAAUGUGAUAUCUGCCGAGAAGCAUAUAUUAUAAAGGAUUGUUUGAAACAGCAUAUGUAUACACAUACCGGCGAAAAAUUUUACGAAUGCAUUGUUUGUCUAAAAGAAUUCUCUCGACUGUCUGGUCUGAAACGCCACAUCCAGAACAUUCACGUUGACUACAAUCGAUAUAAGGGUAACAAUCUAAUCACUUAAACCAAAUUCAACAUUCAUAUGCGUCUUUACAUGACCAAUGCGCUGUAUAAGUGUAAUAUCUGUUGUCAAAUAAAUGACCCGGGAUUCUACUAGCGCGCAAUCAUAGUCGAUCACAAAUAUUUGAGUGUAACAGUUAUGAUGAAAAAUUCAUAGGAUCGUGACUCUUUUUGAACUGCACAAAAAUAUUAAUUGCUAUGAUACCUUACAUGGAGAGAAAUGUCAAGUAAAUAUGCCUAUGCAGCAUAGUAAUAAUUACAUACUCUAUAGUUUGUGUCACGCCGCUCUUAUAAGUCUGCUUAUACAAACUAUAGAGUGAUGUAAUUAUUACUGUGCUGUAUAGGCAUAUUUACUUGACAAUUCACUCCGUGUAGUAGCCCCUUAUAAUGUCCGAUAGAUGUCUCUCAUAGUUAACUUAAGUCUCUCAUAUCGAUAACCGGCGAUCGUGGCCGAGCGGUCUAAGGUGUAAGACGUAGAUCUCUCGAACACGGUUGACCAGGCGUGGGUUUGAAUCCCAGUGGAAGCCGAAAAAAUUUUCACGCAUAAAGUGUAAGGUCUUUUGGACCUGAGAUUCGUUCCGAUGCCGACAUUUGAAUAAGAAAAGUAUAAAGAAAAAUGAAUUUGAUUUGGUGCAAUGUAAUCUGUGGACUGGGUUUUCUUAGGCUCAAUGGAACUGUGUUCCCGAGCGUUCUUGUAUGUUUAAAGUGACCACUCUCUUAAAAUGACCCAGUGAAAUCCACUGAUUCACCAGUGGAUUUCACUGGUUCAUUCUAAGAGAGCAGGCUCGCUUUAAUUAAUAAAAAAAAAAAAAUAUCUCAUAUCAAUGGUACGCCACUGGCGUCAGUUUCUUGUAAGACCCUGAAUGCGAAGCUUGGAUGCUAGACAAAUUACUAACUACUGUAUUCUUUUGUUAAUUAAUAUUAAACAUAUAUCCAUCUAUAACUGUGUUAUUACUAAUUUGACAUAUAUAAUUUAACACUAUAUCACAUACUUUACACCCUUGAUUA